AUGAUGCUGGUUUUACACAUUGACCAAUAUAGAAGCAAUGACAAAGGACUGUGUAACACAGAAAUGCUGCUUGAAAAAGCAAGUAGGCAGGAUCGCGGCGCCCUGAGACCGCCCCCCGACUGCUGGCUGCGCUUCAACAUCAGCGGCUGUCGCCUGCUCACAGACCGUUCGGCCUACGGGGAGGCACAAGCCGUGCUCUUCCACCACCGGGACCUGGUGAAGGGGCCUCCCGACUGGCCCCCGCCCUGGGACGCCCCAGGGCGCUCUGCCGAGGCCCUGGAGCCGCGGGUGCUGGACGACGAGGAAGCGGCUGUCGCCAGAGCGCUGCCCGAGUGGGGACGCAGGCCCCCAGGUCAGCGCUGGGUGUGGAUGAACUUCGAGUCGCCCUCCCACUCCCCGGGGCUGCGAAACCUGGCCGCUAACCUCUUCAACUGGACGCUCUCUUACCGGGCCGACUCGGACAUCUUCGUGCCUUAUGGCUACCUCUACCCCAGGAGCCACCCCAGUGACCAACCACCGGGCCUGGCCCCGUCGCUGGCCCGGAAGCGGGGCUUGGUGGCCUGGGUGGUGAGCCACUGGAACGAGCGCCACUCCCGAGUCCGCUACUACCACCAGCUGAGCCAGCACGUGGCCAUCGAUGUGUUUGGCAAAAGUGGGCCUGGACGGCCCUUGCCCGACAGCGGGCUCCUGCACACGGUGGCCCGCUACAAGUUUUACCUGGCCUUCGAGAACUCGCAGCACCUGGAUUACAUCACUGAGAAGCUCUGGCGCAACUCUUUGCUGGCCGGGACGGUGCCUGUGGUCCUGGGCCCCAACCGAGCCAACUACGAGCGCUUCUUGCCCCGCGGUGCCUUCAUCCACGUGGACGACUUCCCCAGUGCAGCCUCCCUGGCCGCCUACCUGCAAUUCCUGGACCACAACCCGGCCGCCUACCGCCGCUACUUCCACUGGCGCCGGAGCCACGCCGUGCACCUCACCUCCUUCUGGGACGAGCCCUGGUGCCGGACCUGCCAGGCCGUGCAGACGGCUGGGGACCGGCCCAAGAGCGUGCGCAACUUGGCACACUGGUUUGAACGAUGACACUGCUGUCCCCUGGGUGUGACUCAGGGAAGCCAGCUCUUUCGUUUUGGGGUCCUUUGCUUGUGCAUCUUGAGUGCGUAUCGUGGGACCACGUUCUCCACACACUGUUUGCUCUGUGGCAAGUGACUUACCAGUUGAUAUUUUAUAGCACAAAGAUUGUGUGUGGGUGUGGUGGUGGUGGGGGAAGCGGCUGGUAUCCCAUACGUUUUGGGGGUUUCUUUCUUUGCACAACUAGGAGUUGAGCAAGGAGCCUUGGUGGUGUAGUGGGUUUCGUGUAGGGCUGCUAACCAUAGGUCAGCAGUUUGAAACCGCCAGCCUCUGCACCAGAGAAAGACAAUGAGGCUUUCUACGUCUGUAACGAUGUCCCGUUUCAGGAACCCAUGGGACCAGUUCUAGCUUGCCCUGUAGGGUCGCCCUGAGUAGAAAUCCACUCGAUGGCAGAGUGUGAGGAGGAGCUGAGCGGCUGUGCUGUUAGUGAACCUCGGUGUUAGGAGUUAAAGAGGACCCCUUGCGCGUCUUGGAGUGCGUGCAGAGAAGAGCUAGCAUAACUCCCAGAAGCCUUUGCGUCUCUUCCUCCUUAUGUCUCACUUACUGCACUCCCUGUAACCCUGGCCCCUGAGCCAACGUGAAGCUAACACCUGCGUUUACAAGGAAACUUACUGCCGAACAGUGGAAGGAUGAUGGUCACAAAUGGGUCUUUCUCUUCCUUGGCUGGAUUCUGUAAAGCCUCAACUCCUGAAGAAGGAGGUGGGAGAAGCUCUAGGCACGGUUUCUGUGACGGGUGGAUGGAACUCAGAUGCUGGAUUGUUUUUGGAGAAGGAUCGAAGUGAACAAUAGGUAUACCUCACUUUACACAAGAAAUGUAUUUCUAAAGAGCUGCCUUUAAAGCAAGCCCCAAGUUAAAUGCCCUGAGGGAGUUUGUCUAAUACUUAAAGGAAGGAACUCUUUGGAGAAUCCCUUUAUGAUGUGAAUAAUCAUUUCUUAAUUUAUUCUUUCUGUACCUUUCUGUGUUUUUAUAACUUUUUGAAAAAGGCAUAUGGAAAUUAUAGAUGGGGAAACACGGCAGAAACAACCUUCUCCCUUCUUUCAGAAAACCAGCCCUGUUGACAAACCGAAAAGAAGGAAGUCACAGCGUCUCGUUCCACAUUACUGGACUUGACCUUUAAAGCGAAUGCCAGCCCUGCAGAGUGCUGGCAGAGACGGUGUUGCAGGUGGAAUCAUGCAAAAGGAAAACUGGUUCACAGUGCCUGUUAGUGGCCGUUUCUAGGUUUCUGUCCAUUUUUAGUUAAAUGUUUAGUUCCUAGAGAAGGGGCUAAAUUAGUUUCUACAAUGAACUUCUCUGUCUCUUGUUAGAGGUUAUAUCUGUAAUUCUCCCCAAUAACCAGCAGGUUUCCUUCCCAGUUUGCCUAAUACCACAGAGUAGUGUAUGCUCCUAUUUCUUAGACCUUUGAGACCCUUCCAUGGGAGCAGCUCUGAAAAGAGAUGCGUUAACCUGAAAAGUUGUUCAAUCGGUAGCCUUUUAGCAGUCUGCCCUGUGCCAAACAUCGGUGAGGUUUUAAAAAGACAUAAGGCAAAGUUCCCACUCUUUAAGGCUCUUAUGCUCUACCACUGCCCUCCCCACUCUACCUCCCAAAUUAAUGAACUCUGAUAAAACUGUUGGCAGACCCCAUUUGUCUGAAGUGGCAGUCUGUGUUCUGUUGACCACCACCAAUCAAUGAUUGGAAAGUCAGUUGAUUGACAGUCUGAAGUAAUGCUGGGUUUUUGUUUUUGUUUUCUCCCUCUUGUAUUAUAAAACAUCCCUCUGUGAAAUAACUGUGGGCAGAGUUCUCAUGCAAACAUCAGUUGUACGUGAUUGCAAGUGUUGGCCCUCAAGAAUUAUUUCUAUUUGUAUUUGUUGCAAGCUUGGUUGAAAAGCUCCUGUAACUGUCGGUGCCUCUACUCCUGCUUUUCCUUAUAAGGACAAAUCGAAAUCUGUGACGGGAAGAACAAGUUUCUCAGAGUAUUAUAGUGUGGGCAGAAUCACAAUGGUAACGCAUUCAAUAAAGGUGAAGUUCUGUACUUAAAGU